GGCAGCACCAGCACCAUGCUGCUGCGCCUGCUGCUGGCGGCCGCGUGCGCGGGGCUGGCGCCGGGCUGGGCCGAGGCCCCGGCGGGUGCCGCGUGCGGGCGCUGCGAGGCGGGGCAGUGCCCGGCGCUGCCCGCCCGCGGCUGCCCGCUGGGCCGGGUGCGGGACGCGUGCGGCUGCUGCUGGCAGUGCGGGCGCGGCGAGGGCGAGGCGUGCGGCGGCGCCUGGGGCCGCUGCGCCGCGGGGCUGGAGUGCGCCCGCAGCCGCCCGCGCCGCAAGGGCCGCAGCCCGUCCCCCCCGCCGCCCGCAGCCGCCGCCGCCGCCAGCGGCGUGUGCGUGUGCAAGAGCCGCUACCCGGUGUGCGGCAGCGACGGGCUCACCUACGCCAGCGCCUGCCAGCUGCGCGCCGCCAGCCUGCGCGCCCAGAGCCGCGGCCAGCGCGCCCUCGCCCAGCGCAGCAAGGGGCCCUGCGAGCAAGGACCCUCCAUUGUGACUCCCCCCAAGGAUAUCUGGAAUGUCACUGGAGCGCAGAUUUACCUGAGCUGUGAAGUCCUGGGAAUCCCAACCCCGGUGCUCAUCUGGAAUAAGAUAAUACAGGGACAAUACGGUGUCCAGCGGAUGGAGCUCCUGCCUGGGGACCGUGAGAACUUGGCUAUCCAGACCCGUGGUGGGCCUGAAAAGCAUGAAGUGACUGGCUGGGUGCUGAUCUCUCCUUUGAGUAAAGAAGAUGCUGGGGAAUAUGAGUGUCAUGCAUCAAACUCAAAGGGAGAAGCUACAGCCUCUGCAAAAAUCACUGUUGCUGAUGCCCUACAUGAAAUACCUAUAACAAAAGAUGAUGGUGCAGAGCUGUGACACAGAGGACUAUCAUUCAUGCACAGUUUAAGUUAGCAAUUUGGAAAGCUGCAGUCACUAGGCUUUUCCAGCGCAAUAAUCAGUUCCCUGUCCCCAUUCAUUCAGCCUUCUAAUAUUGUUUUGCUUUCACACUUUGCAAACAUACAAAUAAACAGGAUUCACAAUGGA